AUGGGGGCAUCCGAGACUGCCACUGCUGUCUAUCAGACGAGCAGCCAUACCUACAACGCCAAAUUUCGUCAGGACUGGUGUAUCGGCUCAGUUCCACAUGGUGGCUACGUAACUGCGACAUUACUGAGAGUUGUUAAGAAGCAUUUCGAAACUACACUCGCCAAACAGGAUCAGCCGCAUACUAUUGCCCUGCACCUUGACUUUUUGAGGAGGACUCAAACUGGCCCGGCCACUUUCAAUGUCAAAGAUGUCAAGCUCGGACGUCAGACCUCUAUUGUCCACGUCGCACUCUCUCAAGGGGACCGUGAGGAGGUUGUGGGGUAUGUCACACAAUCCAACCUCCAAAAAGAAACUGGCCUUUCCUUCAUCACGAACUUCCAAGCCCAUCCCCAGCGCGUACCGCUAAGCAGCACCCUCGCCGCCCUCGAGUCCGGCGCCGACCCCCUCUGGACCGAAAAGAAAGCAUGGCCAAACGAAACCUUCCGCCAAGCAACCAAGCAGAUCCGCGCCUGGUUCCCACGCGACGGCCAGCCGGCUCAGAAUAUCUACGACGAGUGGAUGUGUUUCCGCGACCCUUCGGAGAAAUGGACGAACGAGAACUUAGGGUUUAUUGUGGAUAUGUUUCCACAGAUAUGUGAGAGUUUCUAUUUCAAUGGGUUUGAUCAGUAUAAUCCGAAGCUGGAAGAGUAUUUUUCGAAAGAGGAGUUGCAGCGGUUGACGAAGGGGAAGGCGCCGUUUUGGUAUCCUACGCUACUGUUGAAUCUGGAGGUGAAGAAGGAUCUGGGGGAGGGGGUGAAGUUUUUGUUUUCGAGGUUGCAGACGAAGAGUAUUAAGAAUGGGAGGUAUGAUUUGGAGGUUUUGAUCUGUGAUGAGGGUGGGGAGCUGGUGGCGUUGAGUCAUCAUGUUUGUUUUGCUGUGAGUGCGGAGAGGAAUCUUGCUGCUAGGAGAGGGAACCUGUAG